CCAGUGACCAAAAACACCUUCCGGCAGUACCGAGUCCUGGGCAAAGGUGGCUUUGGGGAGGUGUGCGCCUGCCAGGUGCGGGCCACAGGCAAGAUGUAUGCGUGCAAGAAGCUGGAAAAGAAACGGAUCAAGAAGCGGAAAGGGGAGGCCAUGGCCCUCAACGAGAAGCAGAUCCUGGAGAAAGUGAACAGUAGAUUCGUAGUGAGCUUAGCCUACGCCUAUGAGACCAAGGACGCACUUUGUUUGGUGCUAACUCUGAUGAAUGGAGGGGAUCUCAAGUUCCACAUCUACCACAUGGGCCAGGCUGGCUUCCCCGAAGCACGGGCCGUCUUCUAUGCCGCUGAGAUCUGCUGCGGCCUGGAGGACCUGCACCGGGAGCGCAUCGUCUACAGGUGUGGAGGAGCGGCCUGUACCGUCUCCCUCCCCGCUAGGGGCAGCAGCUGGGUGCCGUGGUACCAUGAGAGAUAUGGUGUCCAGCCACAACAGGGGGUCCGGGCCCCACAGUCCCCUACAGUGAGCAGACCUGAGAGCCUCAGAGCUAGGCUUUG